GGAACAGAGAAAUGGAGGGGAAGAAUGGGGAAUAAACGAAGAAGGAAGCGUGGAGUGGAGAAGUGGGAAAGAAAGAGUGGGGUAAUGAUAAAUCGUUUACCUGAACGGCGAGCAUGCCGUUCAGGAUGCAGUGGAACGGUAAAAGAGUAGUACGUUCGGUUCGCUGCCGCGUAGUGUUUCGAGUGACUUUAUAACGAACAUUUCGUAUAGCGAGAGAAGAGGAAAUUCUAUUCGAUUUUCCACCGAAUCCGAUAGAGUUUUAAUUUCUCUCCUCGUGAUUAUUGUAUGAAUGUAAAUCGAUUAUAUCGCAUAGCAUAUGCAUUCGAAGGGUUGAAGUUGAAUUUUAUCGAUACACGAUCGACUCGCUCGUAUUCGCUCGUUUUUAUCGCGCGCGCGCGCGCGCACGCGCGUUCGUAAACCAGAGUAUUUGAACGCGUAACAAGAGAGAAUCGAAGCUCGUUCAUUGAGGAACGUAAGAAGGAAUCGGUCGAGGUUGGUUUACCGUUUGUCGUGCGGUGAUCCUACGUAUAAACGGAAAUACGCAGGUUUACCGGGAGCCAAGGGGAAAGGUAGAUGAUCGUUUGGCCGCGUUAGGCUGCGUAUUUUGCGUAGAGAUCGUCUACCGUUGAACGGGGCAGUAUCGUUUGUUCAUUGGCGACGCGACGCACCGCCAGUGGCAUACUUGUCGCUUGGAAAGGAGAAUAGACUUUCUCCUUCUCGUCGUUCCUCGUACCACCGCCGCCUUUCGUCUCGUUCUUGUACGGGAAGAAUUGCAAUCAAAGAAAGAUAACAUUGACGACGACGACGACGACGACAAGACCGACGACAACGACGACGACGACGACGACGACAACGAUAACGAAGACGACGAAGACGACGUGGGUGACGAGGACGAGGACGAGGACGGGGACGAGGGAGAGGACGAGGCCAAGAAGCAAAGCUAGAAGGAAGAUCAAAACGAGAAGGAAAACGAGAACGUAGAAAGACGGUAGCGCGAGAACUAUUGAGAAAAAAAAUAAAACGGAUAAAAUUAAAAGAAUCGUGUGGUGAUAACUUGAUAAUAACUUUCAAGCAAGAUUAAAGAGAGGUGACGUGCAGGUCAUAACAGAGAGAACAGAUCAAAAUAUAAGGAAUUGGGAAGAGAAAAAAAGAAAAGAGAGGAACGAAGAAGAAAGAAGAGAGGAAAAAAAAUAGGAAAAAGAAAAAGUGAACAUAAAUUGAGAAUAAUUGGUUGAUCAAGAUGAGAGUACAUCGUGGGAUUUGCGCGAAACUUCAAGGUGGAUUUCUUAAACGAUGGUGGGCAGCAGUGGCCGUUGGAGCGUUAAUGAUCAUCGCUGCCGCGAUUUUGGCGGCCGUUUUUCCAAAAUUGGUCGACGUUUUGAUGAAUAGAGAGAUCGCUCUUCGAGAUGGCGGUCGUACAUUCAACUGGUGGAGGAAACCGCCGGUGACGCCUCGGCUCAACGUAUACAUUUACAAUGUAACGAAUGCCGAUGAGUUUUUGAACGAUGGUGAGAAACCAGCGCUUGUGGAACUCGGUCCGUACGUGUACUUGCAACAAUGGGAAAAAGUGGAACUGAAAUUUAACGACAACGACACGUUAACGUACAAGAUGAAAAAGGUCUACAAUUUUGCACCGGAACUGUCAGCCGGUUCCGAGGAGGAUUUGGUCGUAGUGCCAAACGUGCCAAUGCUCUCGGCCACCAGCCAAUCCAAGUAUGCAGCUCGUUUCCUCAGGCUAGCGAUGGCCUCGAUCAUGGACAUCCUUCGAAUAAAACCGUUCGUCGAGGUGUCGAUCGGCCAACUCCUAUGGGGUUACGAGGAUCCGUUGCUCAAAUUGGCCAAGGACGUUGUGCCGAAGGAGCAGAAACUGCCCUACGAUCAGUUCGGUCUGUUGUACGGGAAAAAUGGGACCAUGCCCGAUUUGUUCACAAUUUACACCGGGCAAGAGGACAUCGGUAAGUAUGGGAUCCUGGACAAUUACAACGGGAAAAGGAACCUGGGCCACUGGACCACGUCAGAAUGCGACUCGAUAGCCGGCACCGAUGGCAGUAUCUUUCCGCCACGCAUCACUAAGGACACGGUGUUAAAAAUCUUCGACAAGGAUCUCUGCAGGGCGUUGCCCCUGGUGUUUAAGGAGGAAGUGAUCACCCCGGGUCGAAUUCCUGGAUAUAGGUUCGUUCCUGCCAAAGAUGCAUUCGCUUCACCGAGCCGAUUAGAAUCGCAGCAAUGUUUCUGCCCAGCUGGGCCACCUUGCGCCCCUGAAGGAACCUUCAAUGUCUCCCUGUGUCAGUACGAUUCGCCGGUAUUGCUCAGUUUCCCGCAUUUUUAUCUCGGGGAUCCAACACUCAGAGAGGCGGUAACAGGUAUAUCACCGCCGGUCGAACGGGAUCAUCAAUUCUAUCUCGAUGUUUUACCGAUGAUGGGCACAGCGUUGAGAGCUAAAGCGAGAAUUCAGAUAAAUCUGGCGGUUAGUCAAGUACGGGACAUUAAACAGGUUGCCUCGUUCCCGGAUAUUGUUUUCCCCAUUAUAUGGUUCGAGGAUGGUAUCGAUGAGCUUCCGGAAGAAAUGCGAAAUCUGAUGAAGAUGGCCGUGGACGUGCCUCCGAUUGCUCGAGCGGCGGUAUCCGGAACUCUGGCGGCGAUAGGCGCGAUCGUUUUGAUAGGAGCGCUCUUCUUCUUGGUGCGUGCCGCUAAACGACAAGAGAAACUACAUCUGAGCAAUCCGUUACCGUCUAACGCGACUGCGAGCAAAACCGGUCAGCUGAACCCUGCAUUCCAGAAUCCAUCCGAUUCCAAGUAGAACGGCCGAUCUGCCCAGUCUGCCGUUUCUACAUCUUUCGAUCUCGAGCGUGAAGUUGCGCGUAUGCGUCGACCCUUGUACGCGGCAAGCUUUCACCCUAAUAGGUUUUUAACGGAUAUAAAUCGAGAGAGCGAGAGGCGAAUGGAGAAACUGGGUAAGAGUGAUCGGUGUUUUAUCGUCGUCAUCUUGUUAUCAUCGUUCCAUUCCUUAGGAAUGAAGAAAAUAAUAAUAAUAAUAAUAGAGAAAGGGAGAAAGGACAAUUACGUUGUGUCGAUAUAUAUAUAUAUAUAUACAUAUAUAUAACCUUUUACGAGACUCGAACGAAUUUUCUAGUUGGAUAUUCGACUGGCCAAUUUUGAAAUUAUUAGGAAUCGUUUGCAUUCCUAUAAAUUGUUAGUGCCGGUUCGAAACCAAUGUUAAUAAUAAGAAAGCGAAGCGAAAAAGUAGGAAGUACGCGAACGAUUUGUGUGCGCGUGUAUAUUGUAUAUGUGUGUAUGUAUGUGCUGCUGUAUAUGUGUGCUGUGAGCGUGCACGCGCAUGCGUACGAGGGAAAGGAAUUAUGGAGGGAGUAGCAGAGAAGUGGGAAUAGAAGUGACGUAGAAAUUACUAAUAAUGCGGUAUACGGCGAAUUUUUAUCGUGGAACGAGUUGCUCCAUCGUCCGUCGCAUCGUUGCCAUCAAUGAUAUUAUAAAAAAAAAAAAAAAAAAAAAGAAUUUUCGUCCAUCAAUCGAUGAAAAACUCUCGCCUCUCUCUCGUAAUCGAAUGAAAAAAAAAAAAAGAAAAAAAAAAUCAUUCCGUCCAACAAAUACACGAUCGCGUGUACAAGAUCAUCGACGCGAGCCAAGUAAUCGUUUUUUGGAUUUUGACGAAUCUGGCGGCGAUCGAGAUCUUAUUGUUAUUCCAUUAUACAUUCGUUUAUAUGUAUUUCGUUGUAAACGCGUUAACUUCAGAUAGACUAUGGUUAGAUUUCUAGAUGAAUUUAGUUUUUUACAAUCAAGUAUGAGGAAGUGCUGGAGUGGGUGGAGAAGGUGGAGGUGAAGGAAACGACAAUAAAGUAGCCAAAUAGUUUUGAAAUCCGGAUUCGGAUUCGAGACAAUUUCAAACGAUGUCGUGACAAUUUAAUAAUAAAAUUAUGUACGACGA